UCGAGGAUUAAUUUCUUGGGGGUUGAUUUCUCGGGGAUUGAUUUCUCGGCCUGGCUGUCGCUCGGGGGUUGAUUUCUCGGGGAUUGAUUUCUCGGACUGUCUGUCGCGAUGGCGCCGCCGCCGCUCCGGUUGCUGAGGGGAAUUUGUAAAGAAUUGAGGAGCCUGAGCACGGCUCCCGGUCAAGGUUACCGAGACUCCGCCGCCUAUAAAUAUAUAAUGGAGCAAUUCCGGAGAAACCAGGUUACCAGUGAGAAGCUGUGCCGUGCCCAUCAUGAACUGUAUCACCAGGCCUCCACCUACUUGUGCCUGCUGCAGAGUGUCCGGCAGCACCUAGCUCUGCAUCAGGAGUACCACACCAAGGGAGAGCGGUCACCCCAUGAAGUGGCGCAGCUUGUCGGACUCAAACUGCCACAGCAACCUGGAGGCAAAGGAUGGGAAAAGUGAGGAAGAUUGAGGACUUCCAGCAACCUUGCUAGAAUCCAUUGUCACGUCGAUCCAUGUGGUCCUAGGAUCUGGAGUGUACCCUAUUCAUGAGCAAGCUAUUGUAAUUUCUGUAGUGGUGUUAUUCACUGACAAAAGUAAAUGUGACCCUGCGGGCAAUCGUUGUUUCUUGUGCACAAUGGAGCUCUCAGUUUCUCAAAAGUUCAUCAAGUUAUUAAAAACAGAUUCCAGUUAAACACA